AUGUCCUUCGAUAGAGUCCUUCCACGCCCACCGGCACUCCUUGAUGAGCCUGGAAACCGGCCUCUUCAUAGCCACUCCAGCAGUCUCUUGGAACACAAGAUCAUGAAUGUGACCGAACGCACCAGAGCGGCAGCCAUAUCACUUGUCUCCGUUGGCGAGAUACCAAUGAGCAGACCGACUUCUGAGCCUGACAAUUGCUCAACGGCUUUGUCUCAGAUGCAGCUCUCUGCUAUCAAUAGAGAGCAAACAGUUCAGAAUGGGCAGUUGACAGCUAGCUACUCUGCAGCGUCGACUAGGCAAAAUACUCCGGUACUGACGACGGUUGAGUCAACAGUAAUUGGAGCUGGAGAUAGAUCAGGUUCGCGCAGUCCGACUAGACUGGAGGCUGCUAAAGAAGUGGCUUCACAAUUCUGUUUGUGUCAGCCUGAUCCCAAGAUUCCCAGACCGAGGAAUGCAUUCAUUUUGUAUAGACAGCAUUACCAAUCAGCUGUCGUUGCCCAAAACCCUGGACUCGCAAAUCCAGAAAUCUCCAAGAUCAUUGGAGAGCAGUGGCGGGCACUACCAGCAGAGAGCAAGGAUCAAUGGAAAGCAUUGGCAGAGGCCGAGAAAGCUCGACAUCAGCAGCAGUACCCAGACUACCGAUAUCAACCACGACGAUACGGACGUGACUACAAUGCACGCAACAGCUCCACUUCGGGCAAUCAAAUGGGACCGACGUUUUGUAAUCGAUGUGGAGGGCGGUUGAUGAACCCGCCUUCCACACCUCAUACGCCCCUGACUGCUACCGUACCUCCAAUGAACAGUCGUUCUAUGGACUCAAUGUCUCCUCAUCCUGGCUCCUCUUCUUCCACAUCCUCUUCCUCUUCCCGAGGAAACAACGACAAGUCGAAUCGUCGUCCAAAUGAACUGCUCAUCCCGACUGAUACAGACCGUCGAUUGUUCAACAAUCAGUGGAAAGAACCCGAAUCCGCACCCAUGGACAACAAACGUCGCCGUCUGAAUGGUAGCACGUUUCAACACACCGAGAGCCCCGAAACAGAGCCUUAUUCUCUUUCAUCCCAAAAAACAUACGUCUCUCGACCAGGUGUCGCUUAUUUCCGGAGUCAUGUCGACACAACAUCUAAGGGACCGAUUCACCACCAACAACAACCCCCACGACACGGGAGUGAGGGCUACUUUGAUCCGAGCCUAACGCUCCCGCCGCUGAAAGCAGAUAGCAACUCUCCAUCUUCUCCUUCUACUACUACUCGCAUUCAAACCGAUAGUGUGAUGACAAUUCCCGUCUUGAACAAGAUCAAACUCUUGGCCAAGAUUUCCCCUCCAGUUUCUGAGCUGGAAUCUUCGCCAUCACGAGGUGCCGUUAUUGCGGUCGAUGGCCAAGACCCAGCUCAGGUCAAAGUCAUGAUGAAAUAUCUUGGUCAGCUUCUCAUAGACGACGGUAAAUACAUCGUACGAGUCUUUGAAGGACCAGAAAUACUGGCUCGCAAGGAAUCAGCUACUGGUGAGAUGAUGGAUGCCAUGGUUGAAUAUUUGAGCAUCAUAUCGAACUGGCAUCGCAUCUCAAAUGAGAUUAUCCAAUUCGUGAGCCCCAGAUCCUCAGUGCAUGCUGCAAAUGAAUCCUCAACCGCUUGUAGCACCGGGUCUCCCGAGUCAUCCGGCAGCAGCUCGACAGCAAGCCCUUCACCAACGCUGUCGCAAUCUAGCACAUCACUCAUUCCCAUUGCACUAGUCCCUAGAUAUCAGCUCACAACCGCCGACGCAUACGCCUGCAAAAUCCCCGUUAAUGACUGCUACACAUUUCUGGAUCAUUGGCAAUGGAUGGCGUCCCUGUGGCGAGCAUGCAUUGGCCCCAAUGUAAUCGUACACAUUCGCGAAUGUGAUCGCGAAGAAAUCGAGCGUCAAGGCCCUGGAGUUCCCGUUGAAGUACGACUUCACGAAGCACGCACUCUGAUCAUUCGACGAUUGCCUGAUCCAUCAAAGGAUAUCGAGGAGAAAGCGUUGAGACGUGUCGGUUUCGAGAUUGAGGACUUUCUCACUUGGUGA